GACCAAGGUGGGCCGUUUGGCAGGAAUUUCCGAACAAUGCCACCUUUUGUGACGAUUUUGACGCAAAGAUGAAUCGCGCCGUGACCCGAAUUUCCAUGAAAUUGUCAGCGACUCGGUGGGCACACACAGCAAGUUCCCUUUCCGGUUUUAACCCGCCCAAUCCAAAUGACGCCGUUCAGAAACAGAUUAACGAGUUGAAAAAGGAUAUUGAUGAGUUGGAGGCAAAAAUCGCUGGCAUGGAUCCGACCAGUGACCUGGACAAACUUCGGGCUGCCGUGGCCGUCAUGCAAACGAAAAUGGCAGCCUUGAACACUGCCCUGGACAACGCGGCCAAACAAGCUACUGACACCCUUCAACCGGAAAUCGAUCAACUAACUUCCUCCCUCGAUGCCGUGGCUGUGAAGCUAUUCUCCCUAAAAUUGGCCAUCGCCGAAGUAGAAAGUGCCCUCGAGGAGAGCCAAAUUGUAGACAUUGUUUCCGGAAUCAUUUCCGGCCCGGAUGCUGGAACGGUGUUCCAUUACGAACACGGCGUCUUCAAGCGGGGCAACGCCUCCACCGUGAUGUCCACCAUUGUGACGUUGGGCUACCCCGAAAUCUUGAAAGAUACCAAAUAUUUCCUCAACUUUUUGAGCUUUUUCUCUCAACUGAGCGACGAUCAACAUAAAUUCUGGGGUUACAAAGCCCUCUACUACGCCGUCCUGGCCAACGGUCAGCUCUACAAUGCCGCCCAGCCCUUCAUCCUUGGCCACAAAAUCGCCAAGAUUUAUGAUACAUCACCCACUAUCAAUGUCACAUUAGAAGCGGGACAUUUUCUUAGUGCAGUCGUCCAUCCUGUUAUUUCGAGUGUCGUGUCUCAACGUCCCCCACCGCGGAGGGUGCAAUGGGGCCUACAUUUAAAACAACUCGGUUGUGUCGAUGGGGCCCUCGAGCCAAUCGAGGCGGCUCAAGGGCUCAAAUUCAGUUUCCCCUAUGACUUUGAGGGUAUGGAUAUGCGCAGCAUCAAAAUGGGUUGCGCAUUCGCCACCGCUCCGAACACUUUACUGAACGAUAUAUGUUUCCUUCUUCUUCGUGGAAACACCUUGAAAACGAAGAUUGAUGAGCCAUUCGAGCCUUUAGCUCCGAUUGGGAAAGGCCUCGUAGCACGGAUGGAGGGAAAGUGCGACUUCCACGAUUGUGCACUGUCCAUCCCACCCGAUGUGGAUGCACAGGGCUACCAGAUAUUUAAUGGAAGAAUGUUUUGUCUGUCGAGCAAUAUAAAUGUUAAUUCGAAUUAAAUACAUAAAAAGGAAAAUAGGAAAUAUU